CGACUUGGAGGCUUAAAAUUAUUUCUCUUAUUGGUCCAAGAAUUCAACAACGGGUACUUGAUAUCAAGAAGUGAUGGUAAAUAUUUGGGCUUUAUGUUCCAAAUUUAUGAAAGUAACGGAGUUCCGAGAAAUAUUGAGCGCGAAGAUGUCCAACCAUUUAUUGAGUCAACAAAUUCUACUUCGCGAGCUUGCGUCUUCAUUGACUCGAGCAAUCCCAACUUACCAAAUCAAGUGAUGAAUAUGUUUACAAAACCUUUCAUUAAGCUUGCUUUCCCACCUGUAAUCAAUAUUCGUGAUUUAAUGACAAAACAACCCGAUAGCCGUGCGUCCGUUCGAGGUCCGAACGCUUUCAUCAUAUACAGAAAAAUUUUUGUGGAAACAGCGAGGGCCGAUGGAUAUCAACUUCCCAUGACUGUCGUUUCUUCAAUGGCCUCCCAAUCUUGGGAACAAGAAAGUGAAAUUGUUAAAGCUGAAUAUAAAAGACUUGCCAAGGAAGCAAAUGAAAUUCGCAAUGAAAUAUCUCCUAAAUCACCACGUCGUCCAAAAAGAGAACGAUGGAAUAUUGUCUCCUUUCAGAAACAGCACCCAUCCAAAGACAAAACCUCACUCAGAAAGUCCUCAUCAAAGCGUGUAAAAAUUCCAAAUGGAUCUUCGUCGGUCGAAUCAAUAUCUUCCCAACAGGCGGUGUUCCCUUGGGAAACAACUCACGACAACAAUAACAACGUCGAAGCUUCGACCGAAUUUCAACCCAAUAAUCUUUCAAAUUAUGAUUCGGCAACUAUAGGUCAACUUUAUGAUUUAUUUGUUGAAGGUAGCGGCAAUGCGGCCGAUUACGAAUUAUCACUCCUGAAUUUCGAUUCUGAAGCCAACUCUGUCGAAAAAUCUUUAAAUAAUUCUAUGAUUCCUCGAGAUAUGAAAAAAUUAGAAGAACCAGAGUUUAGCACAUAUUCAAACGAAAGCUCAAAAGGGAUAGAAGGGUGUGAUUCUACAGAUGCAUACUUUAAUAUCAUCGGGGAUUUAUCGUGUGAAACAACAUGGACAAAAUUACUAGAUGAGUCGUUAAUAUCAGAAAAUUCCAUCGCGUUGAAUAACCCAUUCUUUGGUGAGUUAUUGGGAGCGAGCGAGAUGGAGUACCAGAAUUAUGCACUAUCAUCUCUUUCGUCACCGGAAAUCGGAAAUUCCUGCUGUUCUGAUCUUGGCACGAGCGAGAUGGAGCACCAAAGUUACGCAUCGUCAUCUCUUUCGUCGCCGGAAAUUGGAAAUUCCAGCUGUUCCGAUCUUGUCUCGGACAUAAUUGAAUUUUCUGAUUCUGAAGAAUCAACCAUCUCCUCCGAUCUCAAAAGCAUGACACAGUUUCCUGAUGACCUGGGAGUUUCUUCUGAAACAAAUUAUAAUGGAUCCUUUUAUUUUUAA